ACACAGAUAGGAAUUCAGUACACGUUUAAAAUAUAUAUAUAGAUUCUCUAAAUUUGUAAAGCCGGUGGAAAAAUACUGUUUGAAGAAAUUAAAAAAAUGUUUGUAAUUUGCUACUAACCAAAAAUAAAUGUAACAACUGGGUUUCCAGUUUUAAUUGUGGCUCUUUUUAUAUUACACUUCACUAGACAGCACCUUGUCUAAAUGGAGAUUAAGCUCAAUAAAUAUUCCAUGUUGCAUACAUCAAAUGGAAAUGAAAGCACCUUUUUUCUAAAUUUAUUUUACAAAAUAAAAUGACUAAUUCAACACAGAUAGGAAUUCAGUAAACUUUUAAAAACAUAUAUAUAUAUAUAUAUAUUCUGUAAAUUUGUAAAGCAGUUGGAAAAAUACUAUUUGAAGUAAUUAAAAUGUUUUAGUAAUUUGCUACUAACCACAAAUGAAUGUAAUAGCUGCAGUUUCCAGUUUUAAUUAUGGCUAUUUUUAUAUUGCACUUCACUAGAAAGCACCAUGUCUAAAUGGACAUUAAGCUCACUAAAAAUUCAAUGUUGCAUAUACAGUAUCAAGUGGAAAUGAAAGCACCUUUGUUCAAUAUUUGUUUCAUAAAAUAAAAUGGCUAAUUAUUCAGAGAUAUGAAUUCAGUAAUCAUGAUAAAUAUAUAUUUAUUUUCUAAAUUUGUUGAGCCGGUGGAAAAAUACUAUUUGAUGUAAUUAAAAUGUGUUUGUAAUUUGCUACUAACCGCAAAUAAAAGUUUAUUUGUGUAAUAACGUGAUCACAUUUCUGAUGUCUAAUACCAUUUUUUUAGCAAUAAUAGAGGUAUGGGUGAUGUAUAAACCUUGUUGAGUGACGUCACAUUACCGUAAUAACCCAAACACUCAUAAAUGCACAAUUUUUCCCAGACUUGUUUUGACUUUAAUAAAUGGAAUAGCGUGAAUGGUUUAUAGAAAAAAUGUUCUCUUUCGAUUUUAGUAAUGUUAGAACACCGAAUGCAUACAUUUUUAAGACUUGGGAAGUUUAUAAAGGGCAUUAUUUUGUACCUUACGGUAAUUUUGAUGACGUAUGUUUUGUUUUCUUGUUGAUUGGCCCUCCGGAAUUGGCGCCCCUUCACCGACCUGGUCUGAAAGCUAGCAAAACAACACACCUUCGAAUAUGACCUCUAUUUCAGUCUUCAGCUCACUCUUGCUCUCAUUGUUGUUGUUUUUUUGUUAACCCCAAUUCACUCUGAUGUAAGUUUCAAUGAAACUAUUUACAUGGGACUUGCUUAAAAAACAUUUAGCAAUUAACCACAAUCUACUGCCAGGUUCCCCCCCGGAUUUUUACAAGCCGCAAGGAGAAUGACUUCCGAGUUGGAAAAAGCACUUGAAGAUAUACUUAAGAGUGGAGACCAUGCAACUCUGCAUGGAUUCUUGCGAAACACCACCACUGUGGCAACUCCCAUAAAAUGUCCACAACGGUUUCUAAACAAACUGGAUGUUCUCGUGACCAGGAGUUUGGAACAAAACGAUUCCACCACAGCCUGUGAGGGUCUAGCAAUCCUCCACAAAUGUGGGAAGAACCUGAAAUUACCCGAUGGAGGCCAGGGGCUGUCAGGAAUAAUUACUCAGGGGCUGAUAAAAAAGAUGGUGCAGUGGUUUGAGAAAUGCACGAAAUUGUGGAUUCAGCGUGGGUCACAUUCGGACGAGUACAUGUCCAGACUUUCUGAAAACUUCUUUGAUGCUGUAAUGGUGGUCCAUGAAGCAUCCCAAGAAGGAGCAUAUGGAAUUACUGAGUCCUUCCUGUAUUCCAUUGGUCAGCUGGUAAUCGAUGCCAGAAUUUACAUCGUAAUCAAGAAAGAGGCAAUCCGUAAACUAAAUAUGAUUCUGGAAAAAAUGCCGGCGGAACUUAAGAAAGAUAAGAAGAUCCUGACCUCACAGGAGGCCGAAGAGAUUAUGAGCAAGUUGGCUGGUCAGAUAUUGCACUGUGGCGAUUAUGACUUGCAAAUAGCUCUGAUCGAGGCAUUGUUCCGAAUGACGACACCCGUCCAGAGAAAACAACUGACAGAAAACUGGUUCAGCAUGGCUAAUGUGGCCGGUGCCUUUGUCCAGAUCCAAGUUUCUGAGUUUGAGGCGGAUUGUCGCAGUUUUCUGAACUUUGUGAAUGAAAUACAAGGAAACAGGAGAAGAGUUCAUUCCUUUCCGUGUUUGGCGGUUUAUUUGGACAAGUUUGAGCUCUUGAUGCCCGCUGAUGACAAGCUGAAAGAAUUCUGGAUUGACUUUAAUCUUGGCAGCCAAUGCAUCUCUUUUUACUUCUCAUGUGCGGAGGAAAAGUCCCAGACUGGUCUGUGGGAUACAAUAUGCAUCAGUGAGAAUGAAGUUCAAAGUUUCACUGUUACAGAGAUGGGAACGAGAAAAGUUUUAAAGUUGCAGCUAUCAGACGUGGUCAUGGCGGGUAUGGUCGAAGGAUCAAGUCUUGCUAUCCAUUUCAGCUCCACUUUGGACAUCCUUCAAACUGUUGGUUACGUCUAUGGAAACAAGAAGAACAAAACUACAGUAGGAAAGACAUCUGUUGUGAAGACGACAGUAAACGUUAUUAUGGAAGAGGGCUGCUCCCAGCAGACUGUCGUUCCAGAGAGUCAAAUUUCCCUUGGUAACAGUGACAAAAACACUGCCUCCCAUCUCAUACAAGCACGGCCUACAUCAGCAAAGACCCCUACCAAGAUAAGAAUUUCAGAGUCAACCAUCUGCAUCAGCAGUAGUUCCAAAGGGAGUGUACAUGGACCUUCCAGCUUCCUUUCUGGUGGAAUUCCAUCAAGGAAACCAUCUCUGGAAAUGCGACCUGCUUCUGAUAGAAAGAGAGAAACUAUCUUCACAGAAGAAACAACUUCUGAUGAAAACGUCAACCGUGGUCCGUCACCUUACAACACAAAAUCCGGUGAUUCUACAAAACAGAACACACCAGUUGUGAUAGCAACACGAAUGAUGCUAGCAGCACAAGGCACAGAUCAGUCUCAGGAGAAUUGUUUUGUGCCUGAUACUCAGCCUGUAACUGAAAGGAACGCGUCUCACCGGAGCAAAAUGUCAGUUUCCGAAAUGAUCAUGAUGCCUACACAGAAAAUCAAUUCUCUGUCAAAGCCUGAGGUGUGUUCAAAUUUGGCAAAGCAACAGAAAUGCUUGUCAUCUGCUCUAACGGUUCCAGAUCCAACGACUAUAAAACCGCAUCAUACCCUACCCAUCCAGCGGCAGCAAGAGGUCAUCAGGGGGAGAAACACUGUGCUUGGACCAAAGGAAGCCUUCACAGCCGAAACGUUGACAUUUGAUACAGAUAGCUCUAAAGGAAAACAGUUUGGGGACUCAUCUAAUUCCAACCUGUGUAAUCCAAAAUAUGUAAAAACCCUAGAAAAAAGGCUGGACAAAAAAAAGAGCAGAGGAAAGUCAUCCAUGGUAACAGAUGUUCUGUCAAUUAAGGCUCCAAACGAGGCAUCCAUAUACAACCAGGAAAGAACACCAAAUGAGAGAGAUGUGCAGGUUGCAGGUAGCAUGGUGAAACUCAUCUCAAGCCAUUAUACAAAAAACAUCCAAACCAAAGGAAAAGUUGAACAUGUACCUCAGCACUGGGUUCCAUCCCAAAUAAACAGGCCACUCUUUAAUAUGAGCUGGGUUUCAACUCGUAAAAAAAAUGUUGAAGCAGGAGAUGUAGCCAAAUUCCACAAUAGAGACAAAUCAAACUCCAAUUACAAGAGGAAAAAUGUUUUUACAUUUUACACUGAUGAAGCAUCCAGCGUAAGGGGAAGGAACAAAACACUCUUUGAAACAUCUUCAGUAUCAAGCAAAGGCGUUCAUCACUCUUCAGUUCAAACAAACGCAAAAAGAGAACCUACAUCAAAACUGAAGCAGAAUGUGAAGAAGAAACUGUUCAGUGACACAGACACAGACUAUGGCACUACCGAUGUCAGCUGGCUGAAAGAGUCAAACAAGAAACCGAAUAUAUUUACCUACGGCAAAAAGCUACCCGCUACGUCCAAAGCGAUGCAGCCUAAUACUUCAUAUGAAUCCCUGAUUUUACCCCCAAAACAUAGAAAAAGCAAACCCAAUAAGAACAUACCAAACUUGGGGCAGACAAUGGAACAACCAAAGAAUGUCAGUAAGUCUGUGGCAGUACCUGGUAGGCCCUGCAUUGCUAACAGGAGGCCCCAACGAGCUGCAGCUUCUUCCAAAAACUACAAGGAGCCAGAAACUGAUGAGAGUCAAUCAGAAUCAGAUAAGGCUUUAACAAGCAAGAACAAGUCAAAUGAAUGGAUGUCAAAAACACUGAGGAGUAAUGCCAGUGAUCAUAUGAACAAGACAAAGAGCACUGGAACUUACACAACCAAAACCUGUAAGAAGAUCAAGGAAAACCCUUACGGCUGCCAGUCAGAGUUCUUAACUGAUCAACGGACUCCUUUUAAGACACAGGAAAUGAGUUUACAUGGCAGCAAGUCCAAUGCGCAGAUUCAUGCCCAAGAACAGAGAAACAUGUCAAAGUGUCCUCUUCCUAUCCCACAGACCUCUCCUUCCCCCAUAGAGAAGAUGCGGUCACAUGCAAGGUCCAGCCAGUCUAUGGAUUUGCCCCGCUCUCCGUUUCUCAGCCAGCAAGGGUCCCCACUUUGUACCUCCCCAAACCUAAUCUGUCAGGAAACAUUAUCGCCAAUCUCCAGGCUACCUAAACCUCACUACACAGACGCCUCUUCCUUCUGUACAAUGGCACCCAAGACAAUGGAGAAAAGUCAGAUCCAACAUCAAUUGAGCCCAGCUCUUCAGUCUUCUAUUUCAGCGUCUCCCUGUCCCUUGUUGACAUCCACAAAGCUGACAGCGGUCCCUUCUUCUCCCAACUUGCCAUUCCCUAAAGCCUCCAUCAGCCAUCACAUACACUGUAGCUUCAGUCAGGAAUCUACUGUAUCUCAACUUUCCCUGAAUCUGUCUGUAUGCUCCAGUAGAAUUGAGCAAAGCCCAAUCGCUGCAGAAGCUGUUUGUCAGAAAACAGAGAAAACACCCUAUUCAUACAAAGAUUUUUCAAAUAGCCACCACACCUCAGGACCCAGUCGGAAACGUCACAUCCCCUUGUCCAGUAGUUCUGAGGAGGAAGAGGAAAAGAUAGAAAAAAACAAAACUAGAAGGACGUGCCCUUCUCGUUUAAAACCUCGGAGGCUGCUCAAUACCUUUACGGAGGUAUUUCCUGAAAGUGAGAGGAACCAGGUGUUGUCAACCUCCUGCAAUGUGUCAAAUCAUUGGUAUGCUGAUAAAGAAGAUGGAGAGAUGGACAUGGAGGUUUCAGAGUCACCGGAUGUCUUAGUUAACCCCAGUAAAUUAUGCCAGCAAUUCAGUUCUGAACUAAAGAAGAAGUUCCAGAAUCGCUUCAAAAUAAUGGACGGUUAUAACAAGCAGGGUAUUAAGACUGUCCAGCAACAUGUCUCCUCUUUCAGUAUGCAACUUGACACACACAGGACCCAAAAGUUUAAAAAGUUCAAGAAUCUCCUCUUGGAAGAGAUCAACAAACUGGAGCAGAGGAACACUGUCCUGAAUACUAUGGAGAAAGACCUAAAUAUUUACUUUAAAAAGCAGUGCAGUUCUUUCCAGUCUUAUCGAGAGGAAGAAACCAGGAGACAGGUGGUCCUGAAGAAAGCCCUUGAGAGUGACCUCUGUCCGAGGCUAGAGUACGAGGGGCGAUUGUUCACAUCUCAGAUGGUUCUGAUAAAGAAGGACUUAAAAACAGUUCAAGAAAGACUCCUCAAAAAAAUGGUAGCAGGAAGAGGAGUUCCAGAGUGUGAAGAGAGGUCUGCGGGCUUUGCUUUUCUCUGAUGGAGUGUCUGAGUGAUUGUUCUGUUCUUCCAGUGGUGUGAAAACUAUGGCGGUUCAUUCGGCAACCAUUUACUUUAUUAUAUGUUGUUUUGGACAAGCAGUGUGUUUUUAUAAUAUUUAUUCAAUGUAAUCUGUCUUCACUCAAGACAGAAGUUGCUGUUUUGCAUUUUCAGUUUGAAAGAAUUCUUAAUUAAA